GGCGGGCGGGCUGGGAGGCUGGCGCGUUGCGCGCUCCGUCCACCGGGAGCUGCAGGAUGGCGCGGCGGCGGCGGGCGGGCGAGAGGUUUAUGUUGAAGAUGCUUCCCUAGAACUGAAGACUGAAAUUACGGUUCUCUCCAAAUUUUGGGCGGAGUGUCGAAAAUCGGAGCCAACCACCAAAACGCUUUCUUCGGACUUAGUGGCCUGCUUGGGUGCCUUUGUCUUCUGUUCCCCGGCUUCUCUUCCACCAUGGAUACUGAGUCAACCUACUCUGGAUAUUCCCACUAUUCAGGUCACUCCAAAAAGGCCCAGAGACAAGGAAGUCGGGACAGGCACAAAUCACCACGAAGUAAAGAUGGAAGCCGAUCAGAGAAAUCUGUUACCAUUCAAGCGCCAACAGCAGAGCCAUUGCUGGGGAAUGAUUCUUCUCGGGCAGAAGAAGCUCAGGAUGACAACUGGGGUGAGACCACAACUGCCAUCACAGGUACCUCUGAACAUAGCAUGUCCCAGGAGGACAUUUCCAGGAUCAGCAAGGACUUGGAGGACAGCGUUGGCGUAGAGUGCAAGCGCUAUUUUCUCUUGACGUUGGCUGCUGUUCUGGGACUCCUCGUCUUCCUCACCCCUGUUGCCUUCAUUCUUCUCCCGCAGAUCCUGCGGAGGACUGAGUUAGAGCCAUGUGGCACGGCUUGUGAGGGACUCUUCAUCUCUGUGGCUUUCAAACUCCUCAUCCUCUUGAUUGGCACCUGGGCUCUCUUCUUCCGCCAGCCCAAGGCUGACCUCCCCAGGGUGUUUGUCUUUCGCACCCUCAUUUUGGUCCUCUUAUUUCUGCUGGUGUUUUCUUACUGGCUCUUUUAUGCCGUCCGCAUUUUGGAAUCCAAGGACAUCAAUUACCAGGGGAUUGUACAGUUUGCUGUGUCGCUGGUGGAUGCUCUUCUCUUUGUCCACUAUCUCGCCCUUGUGGUGCUGGAACUGAGGCAGCUGCAACCAAUGUUCACGGUCAAGGUGGUUCGAUCGACAGAUGGAGAAUCACGCUAUUAUAGCCUGGGACACUUGAGUAUCCAGCGUGCUGCUUUAGUCGUUCUGGAAAAUUACCACAGAGACUUUUCUGUCUACAACCCCCUGUUGUUAACAGCUUCCAAAGCACGUGCAGAGAAGCACAUGGCGGGUCUGAAGGUCUACAAUGUCGAUGCCGCCCUUGUGGCCAAACUGAAAAUGCAUUUAGCAGAUGGGCCAGAUAACAGUGAAGCUGGGCAGUCGAGGGCCAUGAUUGCUGCUGCAGCGCACCGCAGAGACUCCAGUCACAAUGAGCUCUAUUACGAAGAAGCAGACCACGAGCGCAGGGUCCGAAAACGUCGAGCAAGGCUUGUGGUAGCAGUUGAAGAAGCUUUCACCCACAUUAAGCGCCUUCAGACAGAGGAGCAGCCGAAAGCCCCGGGUGACGUGAUGGAUCCCCGCGAGGCAGCUCAAGCCAUCUUCCCAUCCAUGGCAAGAGUGCUGCAGAAGUACCUCCGCACUACAAGGCAGCAGCACUACCAUACCAUGGAGAGCAUCCUGCAACAUCUGGCCUUCUGCAUUGCCAACAACAUGACACCAAAGGUACCGCAGGAAUGCCACUAUUGGCACAGAAUUCAGCUGUCUGAGCAUCUCAGCUUUCUUUUACGCGUUGCUAACCGUUGCCAUAGGUUGCAAGGACAUGCUUGAAAGUGUGUAGACACCCAGUAGGGACAGGGUUGCUGAAUUCUACUUUUUUUGGUGCAAAAGUCUUCAUUUAUUCAUUUUAUGCCACUGGCUGCCUAUAUUCCCCCCUUGUAAACCCCAGGCUCACUUGGAGGCAGGCAAACAACAGUGUUGGGGUGUGUGUGUGGAAGAAUGGGAACAGCGGAUCACAGCAGCCUUGGAAAUUCAGUGUUACGGGAUAAUUGGCCAUCCCUUGCUCUGCUCACUUAGGAAGAACACCCUUCUCCCUUUGCUGACCACAUCCCCACACUUGGUACCCUACUCCCUCCCCCCCUUGGGUUUGUUUCUAGGGAACAAGAAGGGAGUCCCAAAGGGGGUUGCAAACAUGAGCAUUCUGCUGCCUUGCACAGUGCCAGGCUGUGCUCGUCCUUGUUUUGCCUGCUGGGUUGUGUUGAGCCUGAAGCGAAGGCCUUCCUGCUCCAUAGGGAGACAAUGUCCAAAAGUGUGGGUUCCUCUGCUCGUGGGCCUUCUUCGCUGCAGGAGAGCCCCUCAAACUGCUUCCAGGAGGUUUCUCUGCCAAGUGAGAGAGCACCUCCUGAGUCCUUCCUCCUUUCUUAGUAUGAAGAAUACGGAAGGAGUCAGGAGAUGCUUUCUCGCUUGGAAGCCCCAAACGUUGUAUAGCAUCUCUAAGGCAGUGUUAGAAGCUCAGAGAUAGAAGCUAGGGGCCAAAUCACUUCAUAAACCAGGGUUGCAGUUGCCAAAACUGAAUGUCUGGUUGGCGUUUUGGGGCAAUACGGCUCUAAAAUCUUAUUUUUCAAAUGAUGGACUGACUGUGAUGAAUUGUCAGUUAAACAUUUGGCUCGUUCAGAUGACUCCCUUGAGCCAGGUUAAGAACUUAGAACUUUAUCCAGUGACUGCCACAUAUAUAUUGGCAUAUUCCUAUGUCUUUUUCUUAAUGGUGACAUGGAGCAUUCUUAAUGUAAGAACAUUAUUCACAACUGUGAACAGAGCAGUGGAGUGGAGUGAGGGAAAACAAGCUACAACCGUUAACUGUAAUGUUGUUCACUGCUCCUGCUCAGGCUCUACAGAAGAAGCAUUUUGGUUCUUGAAAUUCAUUCUGAUUGUGCAGAUAGAAUGUAACUGAUAGAAUUCCACAGGAUGUGGCAUUGGUGUGUGAAAACAAGUCAAGAUUAAAUGACCCCAGGCAUGCACCUCCAGGUGGUGGAGAUAGGUUGCAAGUGGCCAAUCGUCAAACUGUGCCUGGUGUCUGGCUAAUUUCAAACACUGCUCUAGGGCUACAUGCUAGAUAGCGUUGGUGUUUGCUGGAGUUUUUGCUUUUUGGGAAAGGAGGGAAGAGAACAUGGUUGUGCUGUGAAACUUCCUGUGGAACGGUAUCUCUUCCUCUUUUUUUGUGCCCCCUCCCAAUUUCCCGGAGAUGGUUCCUUCAUUCUGCCAUCAGAAUAUCUCCUGAAUAUCACCUCCAUGCUUCCCGUUUUAAGAAAGGAUGCUACUGGGUGCUAAAGAUAGCACACGAGGGCUGCUCUCAGCCUGCCCCCUGAAAAGGCAGAUGAGAAGAUAAGACAGUUCCACAGGUAGCUUUUGGAACACAACCCUGAGGGCAGCGUGGGAGGGGCUGCUCCCUUCUCUUUUCAUAGGAGGGAGAGUAGGAGCUCAUCUGGGAACAAGUCAUAUUCACAGGUGAGUGGCUAUCAGCCACCCUGGCU